CAACUUUUCUUGUAUUUAAAAUUCUCAUUCUCGUUUAUUAAUUAGUAAUAACAUAAUUUGAGUAUCAUUUUAGGUGAGUAGGGUACACUUACAGGCUAAGUUACUAGUUAAUGCCCACAGGAAUUAUAGUUUAUUAUUAUUUGCAUGCAUGGUGCAUGGCACUUUCCUUUUACUCUCUUUCUUCACAUCCCUUUGUAUUAUUUCUUUCAUCUCACUUUCUUCUCUAUAAGUACUCCCCUUAUAAUCUCAUCCAAUUGCAACCAUAAUCUCUCUCUCUCUCUCUCUCUCUCUCUCUCUCUCUCUCUCUCUCAAUGGCUAUUACCAGCAGCAAAGUCCUAAUUGCAUCAAUCUUUGUGUCUCUUCUUGUUCUCCAAGGUGUUCAAGCAAUAAUCCAACCCAAUCAUGUGACUAGCAGUGUCGUCGUAUCGGAACCUUCAGACAGCUCAAAGAUAGUUAAUGUUCUUGAUUUAGUUAUUACUUAUAUUAAUCAAUAUUUGUUUUGUGUAUGUAUAGACUGUAAGGGAGCUUGUGCAGAAAGAUGCAAAUUAUCAGGAAGGCCAAAUCUGUGCAAAAGAGCUUGUGGGACUUGCUGUGCCAAGUGCAACUGCGUGCCACCUGGCACUUACGGCAACUACGAGGCUUGCCCUUGUUACGCUAGCUUGACCACCCGUAAUAACAAGCCUAAAUGCCCUUAGAGCCCGUUUGGAAGGACGGAUUUGGGCUAGGACGGAUUUUAAAUCCACUGCCCAAAUCCACUACGUCGUUUGGGCCGCAACUUAAAUCAGUGGAUUUCAAAUACCCCUAAAAACCGAUGGAUUUGAGCCCAUUUUUUAAUGGAUUUCAAAUCCUCCCACAAACCUAGUCAUUUGAAAUCCACCCAUCGUGACUUCUCUCAGCAGCCUUCAAAAAUUAGGGAUUUCUUCAAUUAUUGAUCUUCUAGCAGGGAAUAUUCCUCUUCAACGGCGGCGCUCGACGGCAGUGCUCGACGGCGGUGAUCGACGGUGGUGCUCGGCGGCGGUGCUCGGAGGCGGUGAGAUGCCCAUAGACCCUCUCUUGGACGCAGUGCCGGCCCUGAUGGGAGGCCACACAAGCAGUUGCUUUGGGCCCCCAUCUCAAAGGGGCCCCCAAUUUUGUGUUUUUUAUGUAAUGUAUACAUACAUACAUAUACGUAUAUAAUAAACAAAUAUUAAAUAUAUUCAAACACUCAAAAUGAGUCCACGUGUGACUUAUAAAAAGUGAAAGUGAAUAUUGGAUAAAAAAUAAUAUAAUUAAAUUAUACUUGAAGCACUUAAUUAAUUUUAGGUUAAAUAUUUUCGAGAUAAUCUAAAAUUCUUUAUUAUAUGUAGUGAACUGUGUAUUUUUUUUAGUAAUAUGUUAGAAAGCCAAAUCUUUUUAUUGUUCA